AUGAGACUCCAAGCCAUCACCCUGUCCCUCCUCGCGGCCACCGGCCUGGCAACCCCCAUCCGCCGGGACGUCAGCCAGGCAGUCUACACCCUGCGCCUCACCUCACCCGUCAAAUCCCUCGACGGCCUCUACCUGACCACCACGCCGCAAUCCGACACCGACGACACCAGCACGCUCGGCGUAAGCACCUCCACCACCACCUCCCCCGCCACGCAACCCGUCCGGUUCUACCCGGUGCACAACCCGGACACGGACCUCGACGAGCUCCGCCGCUCCAGCGACACGGUCGGCGGCGGCGGCGCGCUGGCGGUGGUGGGCGCCAACGGGCUGCUGGACUUUGCGGCGCUCGCCGACCCCGAGGCCGUGCAGGCGCCCGACGGCACCACGGUGGACUGGACUUCGUUCCGGUUGGGCGCUGAGAAGAAGGAGGGGGGUGGUGGUGCGGUUGAGUAUGUGGGUAAGGGGGGCGUGGCGGAGGGCAGGUGGGUGGCGUUUCCGGUGGGCGGGGAGGGGGAGAGGUGGAGUGUUAAGUGGAGGGAUGUGAGCGCGUGGACCACGGAGAACUACAUGCCAGUGGAGGUCGUGUACGAGCUCGUCAAGGAGGAGUAG